AGAACGGCACACACUUCAUGCUCGACGCCAUGGCGCAUUGGGUCGGGCUCCUCGACUACCCGCCCGCACCGCCGCAGCCGCCCGCCCCGCCGCCGCCGCAGCCGCCGUCGCCGCCGCAGCCGCCCCGGCCGCCGCCUCCGCCGCCCUCACCGCUGCCGCCGCCCUUUGAUUUCUGGAGCGCUUGGGGCGUUGCCGAGCAAGGCGCUUCGAUCGCCUUUGGGACCGCCACCGCCCUCGUCUCGGGCACCGCCGGCCCCGCCGUCGACCUCCUCGCCGGGGGCUACGCCGCGGAGCAGUUCCGCCCCUCCCUGCCGCCGCUGCCGCCGCCGUCCACGCCGCCGCUCGCGGCGAGAGGCCUCGACAUCUCGCUUGCCGUCGCGCCGCCGCUGGCCGGCUUGCUCGGGGUUGCGGCUGCUGCGAGGUGGCUGCUCGCCCGUUGGCUUUCUGCGGCAGAAAGCCAACGGGCCGUCCUGGUUUGAGGCUGCUCUCGCUGCGCAUCAGCUGCGCACCACCCCGCGUCCUCUCCCGACGCGCGUGCCGAGGUGCUUGGGCCCUGCUUGAGACAGUUCCCACUUCCGCGUCUCUUCCCAUGCCAUACACUGCCAGGCUGCCGUUCAACAUGCAUCGCAUGGUGCCGCAAUGGUGCUUGGUGGUCUUACAUGGGUCUGUGGCAUGGGUGACCUAUUGUACAGUAAAAUAUCGCAGCUGAUGUUAC